UGUGUGAUCUCCUAGCGCAAAGGCGUUUUUAAAGAUCCAAUAGCAAACAACUCAUAUGAAUUUAAAUAUAUAUAAACGAAGAAAAAGACGGAUGCAUGGUAUGGAUUAAGCAAUGGAGUUGCAGUGAUUGGAUUCAAGAUGGUCAUGGAUUCCCAUACUCAUUAACCCCAUUUUUCUAACGCCUCCUCCACGUGCAUACUUCAGGUCCCUCCUGUAUUCACUUCCACUAUCCUUAAAUAUAUAUAAACUAAGGAUUUGGAUCCAAUCCCCCACUCUCCUUGUACACAGACGCAAUCACAGACAGUAGUAAUCCUCCCAAGUUGUUGAAGCAGCGGUCAAGAAAUAUUCUGGGAAGAUGGAAAAGUACGAGAUCGUGAAGAACUUGGGAGCUGGGAAUUUUGGGGUGGCAAGACUCUUGAGGAACAAGGAGACUAAGGAGCUCGUCGCUAUGAAAUACAUCGAGCGCGGCCAAAAGAUUGAUGAGAAUGUGGCGAGAGAGAUUAUCAACCACAGAUCGCUUCGGCAUCCCAACAUAAUCCGUUUCAAGGAGGUGGUCUUGACCCCGACGGAUUUGGCGAUUGUGAUGGAAUAUGCAUCCGGCGGAGAGCUCUUUGAACGAAUCUGCAAUGCCGGCAGAUUCAGUGAAGAUGAGGCUAGAUAUUUCUUUCAGCAGCUGAUCUCUGGUGUCCAUUAUUGCCAUUCCAUGCAAAUAUGCCAUAGAGAUUUGAAGCUCGAAAACACGCUUUUAGAUGGAAGCCCUGCGCCACGGCUCAAAAUUUGUGAUUUUGGUUAUUCUAAGUCAUCCAUCCUGCAUUCAAGACCCAAAUCCACAGUUGGGACUCCUGCAUAUAUUGCACCAGAAGUUCUUUCUAGAAGAGAGUAUGAUGGCAAGUCGGCAGAUGUAUGGUCAUGUGGAGUAACUCUCUAUGUCAUGUUGGUGGGAGCAUACCCUUUUGAAGACCAAGAUGACCCCAGGAAUUUCAGAAAAACAAUUCAAAAAAUAAUGGCUGUUCAGUACAAAAUCCCAGACUAUGUUCACAUAUCUCAAGAUUGCAGGCAUCUUCUCUCUCGGAUAUUUGUUGCAAGUCCAUCGAGGAGAAUUACAAUCAAAGAAAUCAAGAACCAUCCAUGGUUUUUAAAGAACUUGCCGAGGGAGCUAACAGAGUCUGCUCAAGCUAUCUAUUACCAGAGAGACAAUCCUAGCUUUUCUCUUCAAAGUGUGGAUGAUAUAAUGAAAAUUGUAUCAGAGGCGAGAAAGCCACUCCCAUCAUCUAAUAUCGGGCGCUUUUGCUGGGGAGCAGAAGAUGAAGGUAAUGAAAACAUAGAUGCAGAAGUGGAGGAAGAAGAGGACGAAGAAGACGAGUACGACAAAAGGGUCAAAGAAGUUCAUGCUAGUGGAGAAUUUCAUGUCAGUUAAGCAGUAUCAUCCUUCUCUAGCCAUAAGAUAACUCAAGUGUUUAAAGUUGUGAAAGUAGCAUUUACCAAUGUGUAUAUAUAAUAAUUAGUAAGUAAUGCUCCAAUCUCAAAAAAAAAAAAAAAAAAAUUGUGGAUUUGAAAGUACUAGACCUCGUGUUCUAAUUUGUGUGGCACUUUGCAUGUAAUGUACUAUUUGUUUCCUGAAUGAAAAAAAUGGUUGUCUUGUUAUAUGGGAACAUGAAUGUAUAUGUAUUGCUCGUUUCCAGUGACUCAUAAUCAA